CCGCCUUGAACAAAGAUUCAAGGUUGGGGAGGCAUAUUUGACCUGUGCACACAUCCAUACUAAUACCUUGAUUUCCACAAUAAUGUCAUUAGUCCGUCUUACCUCCUGUCCAGCUACCACUUUUAACCGGUUUUUUUCGCUCAUAUAUCGAAGUCCCAAAAACUAUACUUUGUGUUCUCACAGGGUUUUUAAUGACAGAAUUUUAGUUUCCAGAAAACUUUCUCAGAAAGCCGAGGUUAUUGGUCCUGAAGUCACAAUAAAAACCCAUAUAGAUGGGUCUCGUCCAAAAUUUAUAGUCACGUAUGACGAGUUAAGCUCUCAGCUUUCCAAAGGAACUGUCCAGCUGUUUGAUGUAAGGAGUGGAGAUGAUGUGGAAUCCACUGGCAGGAUCCCGGGUUCCGUUAAUAUACCCCUCACUGAUUUAAAGAAAGCUCUUAUUCUCAGUGACAGUGAGUUUCUUCAAAAAUAUGGUGUAUCAAAGCCGAAGACGAGCGACAAUAACAUAAUAUUUUAUGGAUUGUCGGAUGUGUCAUCAGCAAGUGCCUGUGAAAUAGCCCACAGUAUGGGCUAUAAAAGGGCGAAGUAUUAUUUGAAUGGAUGGACGGAGUGGUCUGCGAUGCAUAAAAAGUAAACAGCAACAAAUUUAGUACUUCUAUAUACGAUGGUGUAAAUAAUCCACAAUAAACUUAAAAACAGUUCGAGCCAUAGACUGAUUUUGCAAAAUGGUUCUCAUUCGCUGAGUUUAUUAGUUCACUUAUUUCACUUUGCAUUUUCACAUUGUACUUAGUUUUGCUGUAAAACGCAUACAUUUAUGUUGUGUAACGUCAAUCUCAUCCUUAUUACAAAUAGUUUGUCCACGGCGAGUGGUGUUUUUUAGUUGGCCUGAAAUAAAUGUUGGUGUGGUUAGAUAAAUUAGUUCCAUUAUAACAACAGUGCCGUUUUUCUUGUGGAUGUGUACUGUUGUCUGGUGCUAUUCCUAAUUAGAAGAGCAGAAGAUUAGAAAUAGCUACAUAUCGCGCUUCAUCAUAUGUGAAACAUCACAUCCGUUGUAUUAUUUUGUCACCAGAAUUUCUCAACUAGCCAACCACAUCUCUUAGGUUCGAAAGCUGCAUACAUAGACUAAUUAACCGUUGUGUAUAGGAACACCACCAACAUGUGCUUUUGCAUAUCCUACCAAAAAUGUUGUUGAAUAAUUACUGUCCA